AUGAACCCCUCCACUACUUCACCCAACACCAACAUCCAUGUCGACUUCCCUAACAGCCACCCAAAUGAAGACCAAAAUCAACCAAACACUCCCUUACUUCACCAAUGCUCUGAUGAGCUACGCAGCUUCAGAGUGAGCCUCAAAUGGUGGACACUAGACCACUCCUCAUGCCUUGGAAAAUUCAUAUCCUACUUCACCUUCAUCUUCCUAACCAUCCUAGUCCCCAUCCUAGCCGCCUUCUCUCUCAAAUCCCCAUCCGAAGACCCCAUCUCUUUCAACAAGCUUGUCCAACUUCCCCAGUCCGGCUUAGCCGCCAUUGGCUUCAUCACUCUGUCUAGCUUCUUCAGGAAGUAUGGCCUGAGACAACUCCUCUUCCUCGAUGGUCUUGCAGAUGACACUUGUUUUGUUCGUCGGGGAUACACUCGUGAGCUCGAUAAGGCCUUCAAGUGCCUAGCUUACAUACUAUUGCCUUCCUUUUUCAUUGAGCUUGCACACAAGAUCAUAUUCUUCUGCACUGUCAAAAUCUCACUGCUCCAUAUUAGCUCAAGCGUCCCGCUCAAUUCCAUAAUGUUUGUUUUGGUUUUGGCUUCUUGGGUUUAUAGGACAGGGGUGUUCUUGCUGGUUUGUGUUCUGUUUCGGUUGACUUGCGAGCUCCAAAUACUUCGAUUUCAAGGACUGCACAAGCUGUUUGAGGGGCGCGAAUCCAAAUCCAGCUUCAUAUUCCAGGAACAUAUAAGGAUAAGAAAGCAAUUAUGGGUUACGAGCCACAGGUACAGAUUCUUCAUCAUCGGAUGCAUGUUUAUCGUCACUGUGAGCCAGUUUGGGGCCUUGUUGCUGGUUUUGGCAUCCAAAACAAAGAAGACUUUUCUCAAUUCAGGUGAUCUUGUGGUUUGUUCUGCUGUUGAGCUUAGUGGUUUGUCCUUGUGCCUAAUGGAGGCAGCAAGAAUAACACAUAGAGCUCAAGGAAUUUCAGCGAUUGCAACAAGAUGGCACAUGCUUUUGACUUGUCCAUCUGCUGCAUUAGAUCAGGAAUGCAAAAAACAGCAGAGCUCAGAGGCUGAUGGAUGUUGUGGAGAGACUGAUUCAGAAUUUUCAUCGAACGUUUUGACUUCAGUUUCUCCACAGGAGCCUUCCUCAUUCCAAACCAGGCAAGCUCUAGUGGCAUACUUGGGGCACAACAGUGGAGGGAUCACGCUAUUCGGGUUUCCGCUUGAUCGGGGAUUGCUUCACACACUGUUUGCGUUUGAGUUCUCUCUGGUGCUGUGGGUGCUCAGCAAAGUGGUUGUCUUGUCUUGA